AUGAAGAAUAAAUACACUCCUGUUUCAGACUCUGACGAGUCUUUCAAAACACUCAUUGAUGAAAAGGCAGACACCCAUUCUUCAGAUGGUACGCCUCCUCCGUAUUCAGCUUCAAACAAAUUUAUCGAUUUAGAAAUGGCUGACGGUUCCGUUCAGAAUUCCGCCCAAGAAUCUGCUAAUAAUACUAGGUCGGACACUUCUGAAAAGAACAAGUUUCAAUUAACCCUUAUAGCCUAUCCUGGAUGGUUCACCCAAGCUGGGUGCAACAUGUGUGCCGCAGUAUUAUGUACGGCCUCUCUGAAUGUCCCUUGUUAUUCCGUGUAUUAUUUUGUAAAGAAAAUAAUAGGAUUUGAAAAGAUGAACGAUAUUGCUUUCUAUGGUGUCUGCUUUGUUAACGUUGCCGUCUUUGUUUUAUUUUGGAGUACGACGGAUACGCGACAACUUCGAAUAUUCAUUGCUGAUUUAGGAAACGGCAUGGGAAAUGCCAUGGGAAGCAUAGGAAACGACAUGCUAAACAGCAUAAGAAAUGCUGCGAAUUAUGUUCGACCGACAGAUCCAGAAAAUGAAGCACCUCGUAACGAGGAAAUCGAGCUUCAACCUUUUGCUGGGCAAAGCGCUGAAGUUUGA